AUGUCAUCCUUUCUGAAAUUGUGUAAGAAUUACUAUGGGACAAAAGAUUUGUACGAAGUCCUUAGAAUUGGGAAGAAAUCAACACCAGAUGAAGUGAAAAAGGCUUAUAGAAAGUUAUCUUUGGAAGUCCAUCCAGAUCGAGUUUUGGAGGAAGAGAAAGAAAAUGCUACUGAAAAGUUUAAAAUACUUGGAAAGGUAUAUUCGAUUUUAAGUGAUCCAGAAAAAAGGAAUGUAUAUGAUGAAACAGGUUCUAUUGAUGAUGAUGAUGACUUAAGUGGUAGAGAUUGGUCACAAUAUUGGCGAUCCUUAUUCAAAGAAAUAUCCUUUGAAGAUAUUAUUGAUUAUGAAAAGAAAUACAAGAGUAGUGAAGAAGAGUUGGAAGAUUUGAUCCAAUCAUACAAAAAUGGUAAAGGAAGUAUGGAUUACAUCUAUGAUCAUGUUCCAUUUGCUUCACCUGAAGAUGACGACAGGAUUAGGAAUAUAUUACAAGAACUUAUCGAUAAAGGUGAACUUCCCAAGCACAAGGCAUUUAUUAAUGAUACUCCUAGAAAGAGGGAGGCUAGGAAGAGAAAAUUUAUGAAAGAAGCUGGCGAAGCAGAAAAAGCAAAAAAAGAAAUUUUGAAAAAGAAAAAAGGAGCGAGUGAUGAAGACCUUGGAGAUAUGGAUGCUCUAAAAGCUAUCAUGAUGCGAAGAAAGGAAAGAGAAGCAAGUGCCGAUGCUCUGUUCCAGCACUUGGAAGAUAAAUAUUGUAAACCUAAAGGGAAGAAAGGGAAAAAAUAG